GAGUUUUUAUGGUUAUUUUUGGAUUUUGGCAAUACAUCAAAUAUUUGACACUCAGUUGUGAAUGAACAAUUUAUAGUGAGUAUUUUAAGCUAAAAGUCAGUCGGAGUUUUAUGUACUCAUAACACUUCAAUGGGUUUUCUAAGGUCAUGGCAUUGGGAUUUGUUUGCAUUCUCAAUGAGAUUGAAUUGUUAAACAUAUCAACGUGAAUAGUUUUCGACCCUCUUCCAAUGAAUUCUUGAAAAAAAUAUCCAAAGCAAAGUGCAUCCAUGAAUACAAUAAGUGCAGUCGCAUUUAUUUACAUUUUGAAUUUCGAAAAUUUUCGAAAUUAAAUCUCGUCUCAUAUGUCAAACGCUGUCGAAAGAAAAAAAACAUAACAAACAUUAAACGUCAAAUGAAUCAUUCAAAGUAUCAUUUACAAAUUGAAAGACAAAAAAAAGCUGCCAAGUUUUUGUGUGUGAUAUAGAUAUCUGACUUAAUUUAUUGUGUUUGUAAGAUAUUUCAUUUGUAAAUUGAAUUAAAUCUAAAAACACUACCGUUUCGAUGGAGCGUAAAGAUGAAGCGGCCGUCGAACGCCAAAAAUUGGUCGACGAUGGAGAAGUUGAAAUUGAAGACGACCAAGCAAAUAUCACAACAAACGUACCACCGACCAACGCACCAAAAUCCGUCCAAACACCAAAUUCACCCGUUUUAAGUAAUCGAAUAUUUUCGAGUGGCGAAACAAGCCGAACACAAGAUUCUAGCAAUUGUUCUGUCAUCAAAGGAGGUGCCAGUGAAGCACCGCGGCUUGUUUAUGUCAACGAAAAAGAACAGCGUAAGCCACACGACCCGAAGACAGAAAAGGCCAAACCACGAAAACUGCCCAGAGGCUUGCAAAGUAAUUUAGAUGCACAAUCAAGCGCUAGUUUCGACACACGAUCACUCAAACAUCAUUCAUUUCAAUCAGAAGUCCCUGAUGUCCGCCAUAUGGAGAAAGCACUGUUAGGCCUACUGGACGAUUUUCACUCGGGGAAAUUGAAAGCAUUCGGAUUCGGUUGCACCAUGGAGCAAAUGACUGAUAUUCGCGAGCAACAAGAGAGUUUAGCGAAGUUACACUUUGAGCUUGGUUCAGGUGGUGGUGACCCAUUCAAUAGUAAAAAUGAUCUCAAUGCACAGGAGAACAUGUCCAGAUUGGUUCAAAAAUUAGAAAAUCUCUCCGUGUCAAUAGAAAAACUUCACUCAAGCAAUACAAACUUAUAAUUUAGAAUUUCCAACUGACUGUUGAAGGAAAAAAACCCUUUGGAUAUGCAAUGUUUUAUAUGUUCCGCGUAUUAUUAUAAGAAAACAAAAUUAAAUCCAUGAAAGUGCUAAUAAUAAAUAGAUAAUAGGAUAAACAUCGAAAAAAGUCGUAAGAUAACUAGCUUUUUAUGUAUGUUAAUGCUUUUUAAUUGAAAAAAAAGGAAUUCUUAUUAUUGUUUUUGGCUCAAUCGUAUUGUAAAUGUAUUCUAAGAGAUUUUAUAAACAGCUUCCGAACAGCAUUAGGUGAAGAUAUACUUGAGAAAGUUCAUUCUUCUUCCAUUAAGAGUUUGUGCCAGAAACUUUACCGUCAAUGACAACUCUGAUUGACACAGGUAUAAUUUGAAUACAUCAAAUUGUCUCGGCAGAAAAAUGAAAAUUUCAAGCUUUUUUUUGAACUAAAAAAAAAACUACCCCCUAAGGGACCUUUUUUAUCCAACUUAAUUUCUGGUGCAAAUUAUGUUCAAUUUUUAUUUCGUUGUAUUUUCAACCUAAAAGGAAAAGAAAACCCUAUGAAAA